UAAGGUACCGGCACAAUAACACACUCAGCAAAAUAUCGUCUAAUUUUUGUUAUCGAUAAAACCAUUUGGGUUUGGUCAAUAUUGCACACUCCUGGUUGGGGAAUCUGCUUUUUUAUUAUUGUUAUUAUUUCUGAUCAGAGGAACGUAUGGAAGUCCUAAGAGGCCAUGCACUUUAAUAUUUUUUCUUUCUUGUUUUCUCAAAAAAAAAGAUUCAAGACACCAAGAACCAAGUCGGUGAAAUAAUCCGAUCUUCCCAUCAGCAGUGUGAACUGGGUCACUCCCGCAGAGAAGUGAACGCAACUUUUUUUUGGCUGGGCGGGGCAGGCUGCGCGCAUGCGCAGUGACAACGAGCACACAGUGCGUGUGUCUCUCGCUCUGUCCCCCUCCCUCCCAGACACACAGAGGGGCCCUGAGAGUGAAUUCCUCCUGCUUGUGUCUGUCUUACACCUUAAUCCUGUUCUCCACCCAGUGCUCUCUCUACCUCCGUUUGAGUCUCUCUUUCAUUUCGAGGAUAUACAUAUAUUUUUUAUUAUAAAGUUUUUUUUUCCUCCACCGCCUCCGCGUGUAAAACUCCCAGCAAUGGCGGCGAGCGCGAAGCGAAAACAAGAGGAGAAGCACCUGAAGAUGCUCAGGGAAAUGACCAGCUUGGCACCCAACAGAAAGUGCUUCGACUGCGACCAGCGCGGCCCGACCUACGCCAACAUGACCAACGUCUUCGUCUGUACCUCCUGCUCCGGUAUCCUGCGAGGUCUGAACCCUCCCCACAGAGUGAAGUCCAUCUCCAUGACGACCUUCACGCAACAGGAAAUAGAAUUUCUACAGAAGCAUGGAAAUGAGGUGUGCAAACAGAUAUGGCUAGGACUCUUCGACGACAGAAGCUCAACUGUACCCGACUUCAGGGAACCUCAGAAAGUCAAAGAGUUCCUCCAGGAAAAAUAUGAGAAGAAGCGAUGGUACGUUCCUCCCGAACAAGCCAAGGUGGUAGCUUCGGUCCAUGCCUCAAUGUCGGGCUCAUCAGCCAGCAGCACAAACAGCACUCCGGAAGUGCGGCCGCUAAAAACCCUGCUGGGAGACUCGGCACCUGCUCUGCACCUGAGCCGAAACACGCCCAGCCAGUCCCCUGUAGUGUCACGUGUUCAGUCGGCCCACCAGGACAGGAAGUUCGAUCUGCUCAGCGAUCUGGGAGGCGACAUUUUUGCCGGUCCGACAUCACAGUCCACGGGCAGCUCCGGCUUUGCCAACUUUGCCAAUUUCAAUAGCCAUCCAGCAGCGCAGAGCGCUAACGCUAGCGCAGACUUUGCGAAUUUCGAUGCGUUCGGGAGUUCUGCCGCCGCCACCGCACAGAGCGCUGCGUUUUCCUCCGCCCCACAAGCACCAUUUCAGCCUGCUCAAACAGGUGGCUCAGCAGGAGUGCCCAACGCCAACUUUGCCAACUUUGACAACUUCCAGUCUUGCAGUGCCGACUUUGCCACGUACGGCUCCGCUCAGGCCAGCUGCUCCGGGGGUGGGGCUAAGGGUGACGGAGGAGCUGUACCUGCCGAUAGGUAUGCUGCACUUGCGGACCUGGACAACAUCUUCAGCUCUGGCAAAACUGAACAAGGUUCGAGCUCAGCCCCGCCCUCUGCAGGUGUGGGGCCACCACCUCCUCAGGCAGCUUUGUUGGGGGGUGAUCGCUACGCGGCACUGGCUGUCCUAGACAACGUUUUCAGCGUCCCAGUCCCCAGUGGCAGCAGCUUUGCCCCUGCCACCAGUACCCAAGGUUCUGGGUUUGGAGCUCCUCCUGGAGUACCUGCACAACAGCCCCAGCAGGGGGCGCUGCCUCAGGGCUUCGGAGGUCCCUCAACAAAUCCCUUUGUCUCUACCGGCAUACCACAAGCUGCUCCAGCUUCAAAUCCAUUUCAGGCCAAUGGAAGACCAGCAGCAGCUUCGUUUGGUCCCGGCUCGAUGAGCAUGCCUACUGGCUUCAGUAACACAGCAGCCUACAACCUCCCCACGAGCUUCAGCGGAAACUUCCAGCAACCCUUCCAAGGGCAGGGCUUCCCUCAACCCCAGGUCUACGCGCACCAACCAAACGGUGGUGGAUUUGCUGCAUUUGGUCAAGGCAAAGCUGCUCAAUUUGGACAGAACAUGGCAGCACCUGGAGUCACCAAUAACCCUUUUCUGGCAGGAGCACCGGUGGGACAGUAUCCAUCAGGAAGUUCCUCCAUGAACCCUUUCUUAUAGCACCCCGCUCCGAACAACCCCUGGCGGCGUGAGACUCUGGCUUGCACCUCUUGCACUGUUUUGUUGUUCCAAGUAGCUUUAAAGACACAUUUCUAAAGAACUUUUUUAAUCAUAUUAGUACAAGAACAAGGUGUACCAUGGCGGUCCAUCUGUAACAGCCGAAAACGCGAAACACGGUGUCGGGGUGCCUACGGGGAAGGGGCUCGUUUUCCUUCGCUGAAUCUGUGAAAAACAAAAAAAAACAAACAACAAAACCGGAAACAAUUGUCCGUUUGAGCUAAGUUAUUUCAAAAGUGUCCUGUGCAUUCGAAUGCUGCAGUCCUGUACAUAUCGAUUUUCUCUGAACCAGGCAGGAAAUUCCGCUCAUGCGCAUAUCAGUAUUUAUAUCUCUAACAUCUCACACGUGCACCGAACUUCGACUUUGCGAACGAUCGGAAAAAAACAUGCUGGAGUUAUCUGUCUGACGCCCGUUCGCUGAGAGAGAGAAAGAGACUCUCUCAAAGAAAUGUGCAUUUUUUUUUUUUUUUUUUUUUUCUUCCAACGUCUGUGAGGGGUUUUCCGAUGGCAUCGCUCCCAGACUCUCACCUGGACAGGUGCUACCCAGAGACUCCGAAAAGACACACCACUUCAGUCGAAUGUUACAUGAAUUUAAGUUAAUGUAUGUACGUGUGUGUGCGAGUGUGUGUGUGUGUGUGUGUGUGUGUGUGUGUGUGUGUAUAUGGAUACACACACACCCCCAUGUAUAUUAAAAUGAAUUUUAAUUAAGAAACAUCAUAGUGCGUUUCUUUUGCCUCUGCUCCGGAUCCCAUUUCGACACCCUGUCCUCCGACUACAGGCGAAACGUAACAAACGAUACACGUGCAGCCACGUUUUUUUUUUCUGGGUUUCUCUGAAAAACCAAAUAAUUUCUGAACAUGUGGAUUUUUUUCUCCCCUUCGAAUUGAAUCUGCAUGAUUGUAUAAUUUUGUGUUUUUUUUGUCGGUUCAAGAACGAAUAAAUGUGUUUGAGUUCCCAACACCAAA